UCCUCUCUCCAACUGAGAAAAGAUACCGGUUCUCUCUUCAGCCCUGCUUUCUCUCCUUACAGUCGAGCUUUCCUACUCUCGCCCUCUCUAGUUUCAAAUUUUUGAACCCAAAACAAAAAAAGAUGCGUGAAAUUUUGCACAUUCAGGGAGGGCAAUGCGGGAACCAGAUCGGAGCCAAGUUCUGGGAAGUCGUGUGCGCCGAGCACGGCAUCGAUUCCACCGGCAGGUACAAGGGAGACAACGAUUUGCAGUUGGAGCGAGUAAAUGUCUACUACAACGAAGCCAGCUGCGGGAGGUUUGUCCCGCGCGCCGUCCUCAUGGACCUGGAGCCCGGCACCAUGGAUAGCGUCAGAUCUGGGCUCUACGGCCAGAUUUUCCGCCCUGAUAACUUCGUUUUUGGGCAGUCCGGUGCCGGAAAUAACUGGGCUAAGGGUCACUACACAGAAGGCGCUGAGCUCAUUGACUCCGUUCUCGACGUCGUCCGCAAAGAAGCCGAAAACUGUGACUGCCUUCAAGGAUUUCAGGUGUGUCACUCGUUGGGAGGUGGAACUGGUUCAGGAAUGGGGACCCUUCUCAUUUCUAAGAUCAGGGAGGAAUAUCCUGACAGGAUGAUGCUCACCUUCUCUGUUUUCCCAUCUCCUAAGGUGUCUGACACUGUUGUGGAACCCUAUAAUGCGACCUUGUCUGUGCACCAGCUGGUUGAGAAUGCCGAUGAGUGUAUGGUUCUGGAUAAUGAAGCUCUUUAUGACAUUUGCUUCCGCACCCUUAAGCUCACCACCCCCAGCUUUGGAGACUUGAACCACCUGAUCUCAGCCACCAUGAGUGGUGUUACUUGCUGCCUUCGGUUUCCUGGUCAGCUGAACUCUGAUCUUCGCAAGUUAGCUGUCAAUCUUAUUCCGUUCCCUAGAUUGCACUUCUUCAUGGUUGGGUUUGCUCCACUCACAUCUCGUGGGUCACAGCAAUACCGAGCUCUCACUGUCCCAGAACUCACUCAGCAGAUGUGGGAUGCAAAGAACAUGAUGUGUGCUGCUGAUCCUCGCCAUGGUCGAUAUUUGACUGCUUCGGCUAUGUUCCGAGGUAAAAUGAGCACCAAGGAGGUUGAUGAGCAGAUGAUUAAUGUGCAAAAUAAGAACUCAUCCUACUUUGUUGAGUGGAUUCCAAACAAUGUCAAGUCUACUGUCUGUGAUAUUCCUCCGACUGGUUUGAAGAUGGCUUCAACUUUCAUUGGAAAUUCCACCUCAAUUCAGGAAAUGUUCCGGAGAGUCAGCGAGCAAUUCACAGCUAUGUUCCGCAGAAAGGCUUUCUUGCAUUGGUAUACUGGAGAGGGCAUGGAUGAAAUGGAGUUUACUGAAGCAGAAAGCAACAUGAAUGACUUGGUUUCUGAAUACCAACAAUACCAAGACGCUACUGCAGAUGAGGAAGGUUAUGAUUACGAGGAAGAAGACGAAGAGGGUCAGGAAGCUUAAGUAGUUUUAGCAUUAUAUAACAUGGAUUUCAGUGGUUUUUAUGUUGCAAGGUUUCUGUGUUUACCCCUUUGAAUACCUGAUUUUCGAUUGCUGUAGUCUUGCCACUGUUGUGGCAAGUCUCUUGUUUGCAGAUUAGUGCUUUUCUUAAUUCACCUCUUUUCUGGCUUUGGGUGUUAUGGUUACUAUCAGAGGUUACAGGUUUUACUGAAAGUGAUGUUCAUGACACAAAAAUUGUUGCUCCUGUGAUAAAUGAUAUGCCUAAUCUUGAGGGUUA